UGACAAGUGGUAACUAUUAUCUUUAAUAAUGCGAUCCUCAAAAAACCUCACAUUAGUCGGUAACACCCUUGCCAAAAAUUACCUCACCUCCACUUUUCAUUAUGGUAAAUUUCCCCAACACCUCAACCACUUCGGUCAUGAUUUCCCCCAAAAAAUACACGUCCAAGUGGAGGGCGACUUUAUCGAACUCGUGCUCUUGGACACCUCUCAUGAUGAAACCAAGGCUCGAUUUCGACCGGACGUUUUUCCUCUGAGUGAUUUCAUUCUUGCCGUUUUUGCAAUCGAUAAUCACGAUUCGCUGAGUUACCUCGAGCACGAGUUUCACGAAGAGGCGAUACGCAGAUGUCCCGACACUCCCGUCAUACUAGUUGGUACGAAAAGCGACUUAAGAGGUGAAAAAAAGCAGGGUUUGGUCACCACUGAAGAGGUGGAAAGGGUGGCUGCUGCGAUUGGUGCCGUGGAUUAUGUGGAGUGUUCACCGAAGACAAAGUACAAGGUUGAAGAAGUUUUCGCCAAAGCGGCAAAAUUAGCUUUGGAGGAACGACCAAAGAAAAGGAAGAUGUGUGUUGUGGUAUAGUAAUAUCGUGUUAUACAAGUCAAAAAAUCUGACGCAAGUUGGGAAAGAACUAAGUAAGAUAAAUCAUAAAAAAUGUUAUAAUUUCAAUUUCAAAUAAACAUUUCAACAAUCA